UUGAAGCAUAUUGGUAUUGUUUGUUGNUGGUAUGUAGGCAAAAAUUGUUUUAUUUGGUUUGGAUCAGUACCUAGGGUGACCCUCACUGAUCCUGAGCUAAUCAAAGAUGUAUUAAACAAGCCGAACGACUUCGUAAAGAUUAAAACUAAUCCACAAGUCAGGUUAUUAGCUCCUGGUCUUGUAAGCCACGAGGGAGAAAAGUGGAGCAAGCACAGAAAGAUAAUCAAUCCUGCUUUCAAUUUAGAGAAGUUGAAGAAUAUGUUACCACUAUUCAUCAAAUGUUGCGAUGUUCUUAUUAGCAAAUGGGAGGAAAUGUUAUCUUUGGAUGGAUCAAGUGAAAUGGAUGUAUGGCCUUUCCUUCAGAAUUUGGCUAGUGACGCAAUUUCUCGAACAGCAUUUGGAAGUAGUUAUGAAGAAGGAAGAAGAAUAUUUCAACUUCUAAUGGAGCAAGGUGAACUUACCAUGCAACUUAUGUUGAAAGUUUACAUCCCUGGAUGGAGGUUUGUACCCACUGCUACUCAUAGAAGGAUGAAGGCAAUUGACAGGGAAAUAAAAGCUUCACUUAUGNAUAUCAUUAAUAACAGAGAAAAAGCACUAAAGGCAGGUGAAGCCACUAAAAAUAAUUUGUUAGAUAUGCUUUUGGAGUCAAAUCACAAGGAAAUUCAAGAACAGGGAAACAAUAAGAAUGUUGGAAUGAAUAUUGAAGAUGUUAUUGGGGAAUGCAAGCUAUUUUACUUUGCAGGGCAGGAGACUACUUCAUCUUUGCUUGUUUGGACAAUGAUAUUAUUGAGUAUGUACCCUGAUUGGCAAACACGUGCAAGGGAGGAANUCUUNCAAGUUUUUNNCAAUCGAGAACCAGAUUUUGAUGGAUUGAAUCACCUUAAGAUUGUUACNAUGAUUUUGAAUGAGGUUNUCAGGCUAUACCCACCGNUAAUUGGUCUUNCUCGAAAAGUUCGUAAAGAUGUGAAACUUGGAAAUCUAUCAUUACCUGCUGGAGUGCAAGUUUCCUUGCCAAUAAUNUUGGUUCACCAUGAUUGUGAGCUCUGGGGUGAUGAUGCUAAAGAGUUCAAACCUGAGAGAUUUGCUGAAGGAGUUCUAAAGGCCACAAAUGGCAGAGCUUCACUNAUUCCCUUUGGAGGUGGUCCUAGGAUUUGCAUUGGACAAAACUUCUCCUUGUUGGAAGCAAAGAUUGCUUUGUCAAUGAUUUUACAACGUUUCUCGUUUGAACUC